AUGCCACUCAUUCCUUUUUUGUUUUCUCUCUUUUCGUUCGUCAACUUGAGCAUAGCUGGCUAUGUUCUUCAAGAUGACUACAACUCUGCAGCAUUUUUCGACAUGUUCGACUUCUUCACAUACUCGGACCCGACUCACGGCUUCGUCCAGUAUAUUGACCAAGGCACAGCAUGGAACACCGGUCUGAUUGGCAACGCAAACGACCAGAUCUAUAUUGGCGUCGAUCAUACCAACGUUCAGCCCAGUGGUCGUCCCAGUAUCCGCUUGACCAGCAAGAACGCCUACAACUCUGGCAGUCUUGUCAUCCUCGAUCUUGCGCAUAUGCCAGGCAAUGCCUGUGGCUCAUGGCCAGCCUUCUGGAUGGUUGGACCUAAUUGGCCCAAUGGUGGUGAGAUUGAUAUUAUCGAGGGUGUGAACACACAGAACCACAACGCCAUGACAUUGCACACGGCAGACGGCUGUUCCAUCUACGACAAUGGCAACUUCACAGGCAAUCUCUACUCGGACGACUGUUAUGUCAACGCAGCGGACCAGACGAACAACCUGGGUUGUCAGAUUUCCACUAACCAAUACAACACCUAUGGUGACGGCUUCAACAAUGUGGGAGGUGGUGUCUACGCCAUGGAAUGGACCGACGAAGCGAUCAGCAUCUGGUUCUUCCAGCGUGGUGCCAUUCCUGCAAACGUCCUAAGCGCCAAUCCCUCCCCGGACUACACUUGGGGAAAGCCACUCUCGCAAUUCACAGGCUGCUGUGAUAUCCCCGAAUUUUUCUCGAACAACCAAAUUGUUUUCGAUGUGACCUUCUGUGGCGACUGGGCUGGUAGCGUUUGGAGCAGCGACCCUACAUGUUCUGCUCUGAGCGGCUCCUGCACCGACUACGUCGCCAACAACCCUGGGGCAUUCUCGAAUGCCUAUUGGUCCAUCAACUCUCUCAAAGUCUUCGAGCAGACUGCAAAAUCUUCUGGAAAGGUUGCACUGCCCGCAUUCUGCAAUAAUCCUAAUAACCCAACACAAACUGAGACAUUCAUUAGUAGUGCUAGCACCAUAUCGACGGAGACGGUGCCUGCUGAGACUACCUCGACCGUGUCAUCUGCUGUCGACUCGACGACCACAGAGACAUCGUCAACGCAAACCUCUUCGAGCGAAUCCACGUCAUCGACCGCCGAAACCUCGUCCUCCGCCGAGAGCUCAUCGACCGAGCAGAGCUCGACGACCGCCGAGUCCUCCUCCACAAUCUCAAGCUCGUCGGCUUCUGCGUCUUCGCAAUCGUCUGCCGCCCAGACCUCGUCGAGCGAGAGCAUCUCGUCCGCCGCCCUGACCUCGUCAAGCAACCAGGCCUCCUCGGCUGCUUCAAGUUCAUCGAUCGCUCAAGUCUCGUCGACUGCCGCAAAGACGUCGAACGUUGAAACAUCGGCCGCGCCUGCAUCGACUGCAGAGACGGCUGCUGAAACAAGCUCUUCACAGCCACUGCCAUCAAUGACCGAGGUGUUGACAACGCUAGUUCUGGCCGUGGCUGCCGAUGCAACGUCGACCGAGUGGAGUACCGUGACGACGAAACUCAGACAAGUGGUAUCGGUAGCGCCGAUACCAGAGUUGAGUCAGACCGAGCAGCCAUCGGCUACCGAGAACAGCGAGACGACACCUGCCGCAAACGUCGAGACGAUACCCACAAUGCCAUCGUUCGCCGAGACCACGGUCCUCACGACCAUCGUGCAGGCAGUUUCGGCCGACGCAACGACAACACAAUGGGUGACCAUCACGACGAGCAUCGAGCGAGCCAUCACGGCGCCCGCAGACACAACCAUCACACAAUGGACGACUCAGCAAGUCUCAGUGGCGCCAGACGUCUACACGACGCUCUGGACGACCAUCACAAGUACCGCCAUCUACCAAAAGGCGAGACGCACCGCUCUACCCGAAAGCUUGACGCUGGGAGGCACAGAGUCGGCGGCGACGACACAAAUCGCAACACCCAGCCCUAGCAGGCGCUGGCUCCCGAGACAUUGGGGCCGAGCACGCAACUAG